UUUUUUUAAAUUUUUCAAAAAUUUUUUUUUUACUUUUUUGAUAUUUUUGUAUCGAAUAUCUACCAACCCCUCCGGCCGGGCUCUAAUUUUAAAGUUUUUAAUGUUUUCUGGAAUGCGUUUUUUUUUCUUAAACAGAAUAAUGUGUUUUUCCGAAAAGAUUUUUUUUUGUAUUUUCUUUAAUACUUGCAUUUGUAUUUUCCUUCCGGAAUUCUAUUUUUUCUCAUGUAUUUUUUCCGGAAUUUUCUCUCUACAAGAAUUAAUGUUUUUCUUAACCCAUACCUUUAUUUCUUAAAUCUCCCCAUGCGAACUUUUAUUGAGGUGAUUUGGGGUAAUUUAAUAAUUUUUAUAUCUAUUUGUUUUCACUUUUUUACUAUCAAAAAAUUUUAAUUUUUAAUAUUUUCAAAAAACUUUUUUUCAAAGAUUUUAAAACCUUUUCUGGGAUGUACAGCGAUGGAUUGAUGAGGAAGAAAAGGUGGAGGAGACAAUUUUACUCUCCCUCCUCCCCUUCCUCCUCUUCAUCCUUCCCAACAUUUUCUUCUUCAUUUAAUCAACGACAACAAUCACCAAAAUAUUUUUCCAAUCAUUUUUUGUUAUUUUUUGGCAUUUUCACUCUUUUAUUAAUUAUUCAACCAGUUAAUGCUGGCACUAAUUGUACAGAAGCAGAUUCAACAAGAAAUUGUGUUGAUGGAAUGCUUGUCCCUAUAUGGAAACCUUUUUUAGAUUUGGGGACUGAAGAUAGAUUUUUGAGAGGAAUAAUAUAUUUUUUUGUUAUUGCAUAUUUGUUUUUGGGUGUUUCUAUUGUUGCUGAUAGGUUUAUGUCGAGUAUUGAAGUCAUUACAAGUAUGGAAAGAACUGUUGUAGUUAAAAGAUUAGGUCUUCCUCCAGCCAAAGUCAAAGUGAGAAUAUGGAACGAUACUGUGUCCAACUUAACACUUAUGGCACUCGGCUCUUCAGCACCUGAAAUACUCCUUUCAAUAAUUGAGGUGGUCGGGAAGGGUUUUGAAGCAGGCGAUUUGGGGCCUAAUACUAUAGUCGGUUCAGCUGCAUUUAAUUUAUUUAUGAUUAUUGCUAUUUGUGUUUCUGCUGUCCCCCCAAAAGAAGUUAGAAGACAAAAACACUUGGAUGUAUUUUUUGUUACUGCAACAUGGUCAAUAUUUGCUUAUGUUUGGUUGUGGGCGAUUCUUGCUUAUUUUUCCCCUGGAGUUAUUGAAAUAUGGGAAGGACUAGUAACUUUUGCUUUCUUUCCUAUUACCGUUUUAACUGCUUGGAUUGCUGAUAUUAAAUUAAUACAGGCAUUUUAUUUUGAAUUUAUUUAAUUAAAAAAUUAUUAUAAUUUAAGAAAAA